AUGGCAGCUGGGAGAGGAGACGGGACGGAAAGACUGAUACAAGCAUGCAAGGACGUGGAAGUGAGCAAGACCGACGCGAGGACCGACGUAAAACUGGCAAUAAACGAUAAGAUGGCGUCAAAAGUUUCCGGUGCUGUCGAGUCUGAGAUUGAUAAUGAUGUGCUCCAGAGCAACGGCAGCGUCCACCCCAACUUCGGAUUCAAUGUAGCUCGAAAUGUAACCACUGCGGUGGGCCAUACGGCGUUCCUGCAUUGCAGGGUGGAACAACUUGGGGACAAGGCGAAAUUGUCGGACCACCAGAAUAUCAACUAUAUAUCACGAGCUAUACAUGAAAACAAAGCUGAAGAAAACUCCAUAACAAUUCAAAAUUUCAAAGACUGGAAGAGUAUAAAGGAAAUACAGUAG